AUCCGAUUGCAUUCAUACACCAUGGCUCGUGGAAACCAGCGCGAUCUCGCCCGUGCGAAGAACCUGAAGAAGCAGGCUGAGCAGAAGUCGAAAAACAGCAAGAGCGGCAGCGAGAUGCAGCGCGAUAAGGAGGCCGUCGCCGCCCUGAUGCGCGAGAAGCAGAAGAAGGCCGAGGAGAAGAAGGCCGCCGAAGCCGCCAACAAGAAAUAAAAACCUCUGCCAGACGGGGCUUCUCCCUUCCCCGCCUCCGGGAACGAGAGCGCCAGAGGAGUAAUGUAAUGGGAGGUGGUGUUAGGAUACUUGGAUUAUCAUUUUUUAUUUUUUUUUAAAGCGAAAGGAGCAAAGGGAUGUUUUGUAUUCGAGGGGCGGAUGUGGGAGUUCAAGAGAUAUCAAGAGACAACGAGGCGGUGGCAUGACGGAAAGGGUAAGGAGGCGGAAGGAGGAGACGACGACGACGAUCAUAUACCCCCGAGGCCUACGAAAAGUGUCCACGCCAGAGAAGAGGCUCCCUUCUUCAGAGGUGAUAAUGCUGUCAUCGUCGGCAGGCAAAAGAGGGAUUGGACUCCCCUGGUACUAUUUUAUCUCCCGGCCAGAUAAACGUCGUUUCCUC